AUGGAGGGAAAUGUGCAGAGAAAGGACGUUCUUUCAAGUGUACUUGUCUUUCUGGAUUUAAAGGGAAAAGAUGCCAGAGAAAGGGUAAUCAACUUAAUAUAUUGUCAUUUUAAUUGUGUAUAUAAUUUCUCAAGGAAAAGAUUCUUAUACUCAGGUAGCUCUUCUGAGUCCUGAAAUUCAUGACUGAAAUUAUCAGUAAUGGGUGAAUUGUUGAUGGAUUGUUAUGCAUUUUCGAUUAUUGGAAAUGUAUUAUUCAUGCAUAUUUACAUUUAAUAAUAUAUGUGUGAGCCAUGCAUGCAUGAGCUUAUACCACCACAUCGAAUAAAAUUAGUAAGCAUGCAAUGUAUGUUAUUUAUUAUAUAUGGCAAGCAUUUGUUUUGAUGAAUCGAGCAAUUUAUUUAUUUAUUUAUAUAACUUCGCCAUUUAUAUAUACCAUAUAAUACAAUACAAAAACAAUAACAAUACAGUACAAUACAAACUAGGGAUCCAAGGAUAGUGUGAAGUUUCAAAUUGAAAAAGACACUGCAAGAACUAUAUAGGUUCGCCGACAACCUAGAAAAGCUGAUCGCUUACACUACGAAAUAAACAAUUACCAAAGGCAUUUCAUCUCAUGCGCUCGGCGCACGACGUUUGAAACAAGCCCGACACAUCAGAAACGUGCCUUGUGAAACUGACACAAUUUAUCUAUUUAUUGUGAUGCUACACGCAUGCUAAAUUUCAAUUGUUUCACCAACAACCAAAUUUUGCAUAUUCUAAAUUUCAUUUGCAUUUGUAUUUGCAGCUGUCGCUAAAAGCAUCCCCACGAGGCUACUGCUAUGCUAAACUUAUCUAAAACUAUAAUUGAAAUAGCUGUAUACAAUAUGUUAUGAAUAAUAAGCACUACGUCGUUAUAUCAUUGAAAGGAAGCACUUUAUCUUCAUCCGUUCCAUAUUUUAUCCGCAUAUCCGUUCCGUGGAUCCGCUCCAUCCGCUUCCGCAUUUUUACCCAAUUGUGACAUGUUUGACAAUAACAAGUCUCAUUGACCUUUGACUUUUCGAAGGUCACGUUGUGUCUAUUUUCAGCUUUUCGCAUGUGUUGAAUAAUGUCACUUUAGAUUUCAAUAGUUUCACAGUUAUAGCUGCAGUGUUUAAAGCAGUUUUGACAAGCUUUGAUACAGUUCUGUAUACAGAAUAGUACAGAUUGAUUCUCGUAAGAUCUGGUAGAGUUAUCGUUGCACUGAACACGAGUUUGCACCGUUGACAACGGCGUUGUGCUAGACAGUAAACAAGGUCCGUGACAGUACAUGUUGGCUACAUGUACCUCCUUGCUUUUUUCUUCCAUUGCAUAAAUCUUGUUGGCGAGCCAAGCGAUUGGCGAUAAUACGUUGGCGAUAACACAUUGGCUAUCUCCUCGUCUUUCUUAUUUAAAUAAGGAGCUCUGACUCAACUGAUUUCUUUCGUCUCGCAAUAUUUUCUUCGUAAACGCCUGUACAAACACCCGCUUCUGUUUAAUAGUUGUUUACGCUUUAUUGAUCUGAUGCAAUUUUUCGCUCUUUGUACUGAGUUCUGUGAUGUAGCACCUUUUACAGUCAAUAACAAUGUAUAAUGAAUACACGGUCUAAAUAAUAUCGAUUGGCACUUAAUUGAAUGCCGGUAAUUAUAACAUCAAUUUAUAUAUUAUAUUAUUGCGUAGAAUCUCAAAGAUUUUCUCAAUAUUCAUGUCUGAAAUGUUUAUAUACUUGAAAAGAACACUGUCUCGCUUCUUCGUACGUACUGUACCUCCGUAUAAUGAGUAUACCGUGAAAAUAAUAUCAGCACUCAAUUGAAUGCCUAGAAUCUCAAAGAUUUUCGACUCAAUAUUUAAUACGUCUGAAAUGUUUAUACACUUGAGUGUUGACUGCACUGUCUAGGCGGUCUAGCUCCUUCCUAGCUCUGUAUAAUGAAUAUACCGUCUAAAUAUUAUCGACACUUAAUUGAACGCCUGUAAUGCAUAAGAUCAAUUUAUAUAUUGCGUAGAUUUUCAAAAAUUUACUCAAUAUUCACGUCUGAAAUGUUUAUACAUCUGAAAACAACACUGUCACUCCUUCCUAGCAUAUCGUCACGCCAUCGUGAUCUACGGCUUGAUAGCGCAUGCGCAUUUGCGCUACUAAAAAAAUCGGGUGUUCCGGGGUAAAGAUCCUUUACACAACAUGAGAUGCGAAUGUUCUAAAAUUUACAAAAAAAUACAAUAACAAAAGCGAUUCCUCGAAAUUUUUGUGAACUUGGCAAAAGGAUAACAGAAUAUGUAAAUAAGUUAACUGAAAUUGCUUAAAUAACCUUCAAAGUACUGACAAAGCACAAUAAAUCACUACGAACAUAAAUCGUAUACACCCCCCGGAAAGUUUACUGUAUGACUGACUGACUGACUGAAUGACUGACUGACUGACUGAUAAGUUUGAAUUUCCUCCCAGUCAUCACAAUACUGUGAAGUUUCGAAGAAACUUCACACUAAAAACGGGACGGUGCAAUCUAACACAAGACAGUACAGUAUAUAUAUAUAGUUCAGUACAGUACAAUACAUACAGUCAGAUGGCUGGGACACCACAACAGUUAAAACCAAUUACUGUGGGCUCAUUUGAUUGGCUGUUGACUAGGCAGGAUUUUCCCGUAUUGCCCACGGGCAAUACGCAACUUUUAAUUUUUUGUUGCCCUUGGGACCAGACUCCAUGAGAGUCGAGUUUCAAACGGAAAAAAAGUGUCUAAAAGUGUUUCAAACUAUUCAAAACGAAGAAAAAUAAACCUAAAAUAAAGCAACGGAGCAACUACUGUGGUUAAAGAACUUUCUCAAUACGUUGUUGUUAGCGAAAGUCGAAAUUACAAAGUAAAUUUUACAAUAUUUAUAACUAUUAAAGCAGUCAGGAAUAGUUAUGUUUUGACUUUGUGAAGGGCUGCAAAUUUUAUUUGUAGAUAGCCAAGAGGAAUUUGACACUAUCCUAAAUAAAAAAUACAACUAAAGCAGCCACAGACUUAUAAUUUUUCCCUGAAAAUUUCUGUUUUUGUUAGAUAAAAAGAGACAUAAAUAUGAGAUGAUCUUGAAGGGAACUAAAAACGUAGCCUACUUGUCCAUACUGUUCAUUAAUUUUAUUGUUUUCAUAUUUGUUGUCUUUGAUUAAAUGACGAAAUACCUCGUAUAUUUCUUGAAAUACUAUCCAAACUGUGUUGGUAUUCUAUAUAAAAAGUGCUGUAGAGUAGUUUUACUAACCAAGAGAACAUUUUUUACUAUUUUUUUUCUUUUUUGCAAAAGUUUGGGACUUUGACUUUGUACCUUGCCCUCGCGUAACCUUUUUCCCAUUUUGUACAAACGUACAAUGCAUGGUCAAUGCCAAUAUAAUAAAAAACUUAUACUGACCACAACCCUUCGGGUAGUACGGGAAAAUAUCCAACCUCGGUCUUGCUGCAUUGACCUCGCUAUCGCUCGGUCAAUACAGCAAGACCUCGGUUGGAUAUUUUCCCGUACUGCCCUCACUCUCAGUCAGUAAGUUAUUAAUAUUUGCAUGAUGAUAAAAAACUAUUUAAAGAAUUUUUCUGUGUUGGUGUUGUGUACUCAGGUGAAUAAUAUGUUUGCGAUGUUACUCUGAUUGCAUUCCACACCGGGCGAGCUUGAAAAAUAUGCCCGGCCACGGUGGGAUUCGAACCUACGACCUUUGAAAUACUAGCCCAAUGCUCUUCCAACUGAGCUACGCGGUCAGGACGGUUCGAGUAAGUGAUAUUUCGGAACAGUAUCUAGUUCCUUCAAGACCAAUGUGUUCUAGUAAUAUGAAUUUUUCUGUGUUGGUGUUGUGUACUCAGGUGAAUAAUAUGUUUGCGAUGUUACUCUGAGUGCAUAUCCACACCGGGCGAGCUUGAAAAAUAUGCCCGGCCACGGUGGGAUUCGAAAAGGUCGUAGGUUCGAAUCCCACCGUGGCCGGGCAUAUUUUUCAAGCUCGCCCGGUGUGGAUAUGCACUCAGAGUAACAUCGCAAACAAACUAUUUAAAGAUUAAGAAAAUUUAGAUUUUUUCAAGAUCAGCCCCAAUAUGCAAGACAAUGAUAUAGUUCUAUGCAUGCAUGCAUGCAUGGGAAAGUAUCUUUCCAAUUAAAAUUUGCUCUCAUAUAUCUUUGUUAGAAUCUCCGUGCGAUUUUCAGCCUUGUAGAAAUAAAGGAAAAUGUCGGGAAUGAUUUCAAAUGCAAAUGUCCUCCUGAGUUUGGUGGAAAACGAUGUCAAGUCAAGUCAAAUAAUG